AAAAAAAAAUAAGUUGAGAGGCCAUUGAGUGAUAAGCGUGCGUAAUGUGUGGUGAUCCAAUGCAUCAGAGGUGAUCAGUGUGCUGCAAAAAUGCCACUCAUGUAAAAGAACUGAAACAUUCGUCAAUGAACAUUCUUCCACACCGUUUUCUUGCGUCGCCACAUUCAUCUGCGAAGUCGUAGUGGGUCGCAGAUCAGCUGAAAAGGCUCGUUCGCACGUGUAAUGUCCAAUAAAUAUCCGCACUACCGAUACUGCUCCGUGUCCUGGUGCAAGAACAGUGGACGAAUAAACAAGCCCGGACUGCACUUCUUUCGUAUCCCAGUAGACAGCAGGUUGGCAGCAUGGGUGGCCUACACGGGAAGGCAGGACUUGAAAACAAAGUCAGCCAAUUUGCUAAAAAACUACAGAGUGUGCAGUGACCAUUUCACCGACCGCGACUUCAUGAAUAAUGUGAUCCGUGACAGGCUCACAAGGCAGGCCGUGCCAUCCGUUCCUCCUGAUACAAAAGUUGCAGUUAGUGGUCCAAAAGAAGCCCGCUCUCGAUCAGCCAGUGUGGUUAAUAAACGGUUGUACACAUGCCAGAGGACUGCAAAGAGGAGGUGGAAAUGGCAGAGUGAGGUCGGGGACUCAAGUGGCGAGAGCUUACCGGAACAAAAUGUACCAAACUCUGUCUCAACUGAAGCCUCGCCACUGCCAAAGGUACCACGCUCUCCAUUUUCCAAUGGUAACGGUAUACUACUGAUACCUGAUAAUGAUUUCUUGGUGAUACCUAUUGAUGAUGACAGAGCGGCAACAGCACCUCCAUUGUCCAGGUCCCCUGAUGACCAUUCUUGUAAUCUCGAACACCUGCAACUCUGUUUAGAGGUCGGGGACUCAAGUGGCGAGAGCUUACCGGAACAAAAUGUACCAAGCUCUGCCUCAAGUGAAGCCUCGCCACUGCCAAAGCAGGUAGCCCACUUGGGUGGGGAGAGCAUACCAGAGGAAAGUGUGCCAAGCCCUGCCUCAUCUGAGGUCUUGCCACUCCCAAAGGUUGUGGAAUGCUACACGUUGCAACAAAGCAAUGAACGGGAUCAUUACACUUACAUCAACGUAGUGGACGAACUUGGAGAAUAUUGCAUGCACCCAAAUUCUUCACUCGCUACAUGGGACAAAUACACUGAACAAUUGGAAAGAUACUGCAAGUCCAUCAACAUCUCAGAAGACGGAGCGUUGCGUGCUGUAUUACUUGGAUGUUGUGGAAAAGUGACGAAUAGGCUCAUCAAGCGAUUGGUCCAGCCUGAGAAGCCAAUGGAAGUGUCUUACUCAAUGAUAAAACGAGUCGUUCGCGAGCACUUGGGCGGCAAGCGGUCCCCGCUUCGAGCGAGGUUUCUUUUCUUCAAGCGAAACCAAGAACCAUGUGAAUCCGUGAUGGACUAUGCGAUGGCUCUGCGGAAGCUUGUAAAAGACUGCGAUUUUAGAGGUGGAGAAGUUGCUAUGGAUGUCAUGUUAAGGGACCGCUUUGUGUUCGGCAUUCGGGACGAUGCCUUGCGGGAGUGUCUUCUUGACAAACGUGACCUCACCUUUGAUGCCGCUUACAACAUGACUUUGAAAGCAGAGGCAUCUUCUGGAAAGCAGCCCAAGACUGUGUCGGUGGGGAAGAAUAAAAAGAAUGGGGACGAUGUGUCACACAUGUGCAUCGUGUACUCAUAGUGGCAGGUGCAAGUGAAAUUAUUUGACUGAUGGUUUUGUGCUUGAACAAAAUAAAGAGCAUUACUAGUCAAGCCUUCGUUAUGAAAUUGUUCAAUCUAGAACUGACAAUUGGAGCUUGUAACUGAUAAUAAUAAUAGUUUGGGUUCAACGCCCCUAAACCACAAUGUAUUGAGAGAUGCCGCUCGUGGUUCUUUAACAUGCACUUUAACCUAAGUAAAUGGGCUCAAACAUUUUUUUAUUCAUUUAAAAUGCAGCAGCCGGAAUUCGAUCCCCUGACCUCUGGGUCAGAAGUCGAGCACUAUGACCACUAGCCCACAGUAGUGAAUGGAGGUUGUGACUUUUGUAAAGAAAACAAAACCGGGAGGUUCGAGGGCUUCUGUCUAAAUUGUACUGAAAGUGUGCAGUGCUGUGAGAGGGCAAUGUCAGAUUGGAAAAUGUGCCAUGGCUGUUUGAUGUUGAAGUUCUACUGCUCAGAGCAGUGUAGUAGUGGUGCUUACAACUGGCAACAAGGACUGCAUUGUGACUUACAUGGAUUGAAGAUGUGCUGGUGUACUUACGUUAUUGGCACACAAUAUAAAUGUGUCAAAAGUUGAAUAAAGCUGAGGUGCAAAAAGU